GGCUGAGGCGAUCGCGGCGGAGGCCGGGGAAGGGGGGUGGGGGGUGGGUGGGAGGCUGAAGGCGACGAGAACAAGCGGGCGGGCCCGCAUGGGGGGGUUGCGUGAGGCCGCCGGUUGAUCUCGGCGUUGCUGCUGCCGCUGCUGCUGCUGCCGCCGCCACCACCGGCCCCCCCCCCCCCCGGCGCGAUGUCGAAUCCCGGUACCCGCCGGAACGGCUCCAGCAUCAAGAUCCGCCUCACAGUAUUAUGUGCCAAGAAUCUUGCAAAGAAAGAUUUCUUCAGACUUCCUGACCCAUUUGCAAAAAUAGUUGUUGAUGGAUCAGGUCAGUGCCAUUCAACUGACACUGUGAAGAACACAUUGGACCCCAAAUGGAACCAGCAUUACGAUCUAUAUGUUGGGAAGACAGAUUCCAUAACCAUCAGUGUAUGGAACCAUAAAAAAAUCCACAAGAAACAGGGAGCUGGCUUCCUGGGGUGCGUCCGACUCCUCUCCAAUGCCAUCAGCAGGCUAAAAGAUACUGGAUACCAGCGUUUGGAUCUAUGCAAACUAAAUCCCACAGAUACCGAUGCUGUACGAGGCCAAAUAGUGGUCAGUUUACAGACACGGGACAGAAUAGGUACAGGAGGUUCUGUAGUAGACUGUAGAGGGCUUUUGGAGAAUGAAGGUUUCCCCGUUUUCAGAACGGUUUAUGAAGACUCCGGACCGGGAAGGCCGCUGAGCUGUUUUAUGGAAGAACCGGCACCGUACACAGACACUACGGGGGCUGCUGGCGGAGGCAACUGUCGCUUCGUAGAGUCCCCCAGUCAGGAUCAGAGGCUUCAGGCACAGCGACUUCGGACUCCUGAAGUCAGAGGUCAUGUACAGACACCUCAGAACAGACCGCACGGUCACCAGUCGCCUGACCUACCAGAAGGCUACGAACAAAGAACAACGGUACAGGGACAGGUUUAUUUUUUGCACACACAGACUGGAGUUAGCACAUGGCAUGACCCUAGGAUACCAAGAGACCUUAACAGCGUGAAUUGUGAUGAACUAGGACCUUUGCCUCCAGGUUGGGAAGUUAGAAGUACAGUUUCGGGAAGAAUAUAUUUUGUAGAUCAUAACAACAGAACCACACAAUUCACAGAUCCACGACUACAUCACAUCAUGAACCAUCAAUGCCAGCUAAAAGAGCCCAGCCAGCAGCCCCUGCCAGCUCCAAAUGAGGGGUCACUCGAAGACGGGGAGGAGUUGCCUGCACAAAGAUAUGAAAGAGACUUGGUACAAAAGUUGAAAGUUCUUAGACAUGAGCUCUCUCUUCAGCAACCCCAGGCCGGUCACUGUCGCAUUGAGGUAUCCAGAGAGGAAAUAUUUGAGGAAUCCUACCGUCAGAUAAUGAAGAUGAGGCCAAAGGACUUGAAAAAGAGGCUUAUGGUGAAAUUCCGAGGAGAGGAAGGCCUGGAUUAUGGAGGAGUAGCAAGAGAAUGGUUGUAUUUAUUGUGCCAUGAAAUGUUGAAUCCCUAUUAUGGACUCUUCCAGUACUCCACAGAUAAUAUUUACAUGCUGCAAAUCAAUCCAGACUCUUCUAUCAAUCCUGACCAUUUGUCUUAUUUCCAUUUUGUUGGUCGGAUAAUGGGUUUGGCUGUGUUCCAUGGACACUAUAUCAACGGGGGUUUCACGGUUCCCUUUUACAAACAGCUUCUGGGGAAGCCCAUUCAGCUCUCCGAUCUGGAAUCUGUUGACCCAGAAUUACACAAAAGUUUAGUCUGGAUCUUAGAGAACGAUAUCACCCCAGUUCUGGACCAUACAUUUUGUGUGGAACACAAUGCUUUUGGGCGGAUUUUACAGCACGAACUCAAACCAAAUGGCAGGAAUAUUCCAGUGACAGAAGAGAACAAGAAAGAAUAUGUCAGGUUGUAUGUAAACUGGCGGUUUAUGAGAGGAAUAGAGGCACAGUUCCUGGCUCUGCAGAAAGGUUUUAAUGAACUUAUUCCUCAGCAUCUCCUUAAGCCUUUUGACCAGAAGGAACUUGAGCUAAUCAUAGGAGGCCUGGAUAAGAUAGACCUGAACGACUGGAAGUCAAACACGCGUCUAAAGCACUGCAUGGCAGACAGCAAUAUUGUGAAGUGGUUCUGGCAAGCGGUGGAAACAUUUGAUGAAGAAAGAAGGGCAAGGCUGCUGCAGUUCGUGACGGGUUCGACGCGUGUCCCGCUUCAAGGUUUCAAGGCUUUACAAGGUUCUACAGGCGCUGCAGGACCCAGACUGUUUACCAUCCAUUUAAUAGAUGCAAACACAGACAACCUUCCAAAAGCCCACACUUGCUUUAACCGGAUUGACAUUCCGCCUUAUGAGUCAUACGAGAAGCUUUAUGAGAAGCUGUUGACAGCUGUGGAAGAGACAUGUGGGUUUGCUGUGGAGUGAAAAAGCAACCAAAGGAAACAGAUGCUAGCUCAUGGACCACCAAAUCAAAAGCUAGAAGAGGCUUGCUGCGAACUUCCUGCUAAGCUGUCUGAAGCAUCCGAACUCUAGACAACUUAGAGAUGGGGCUGUUUCCCUUCCGCCGCUGGUGGAUGAGGGUGGGGGUAGGGGCUUUUGUUGGUGGUCUCCAACUCUAUUUUCUCCCCUUUGUUACAAUAACCCCUUCCCUCUUCUUCCAUCCCCCUCCCCAUAAAAUGAAAUACAGCCAAGUUCGGCAUUUGGCUUUGGUUACACGGGAUAUUCUGCUAGAUUUGUAACACAUAUUGUGAUAGGGUCAGUGACUUGUGGGUUUUUUUUUAAUAGGAGAAUCAAAGUGUAAUUAAGAAUGAGCUUAAUUUGCUGAGGACUUGCAGCUGGUAGGUGUACCUGGUUAGUUUGUCUUAAAUCAAGCUUGAGCCCUUGUAGAGUCCGGCAGGUGCAGAGUGUCUGACUGGCACCACAAUUUGCAUUGCACAUUUUAAAACACUUGUUUAAAAAGUCAACUUCUAGCAGAAAAUACCUCCAUAUGAACAUUUAACUGAAAGGUAAAGAAAUCCAAGUUCUGCCUUAGCAGGAAGCUCCCAGUGGAAGCUGUGGCUCACCUUGAGAAAAGUGAAGGAAUCUGGGACAGCUUAAAUGGUAUUGUGUGAUUUCUUUUUGGUUGUCCUGGCUGAAAUCUAAUUGCUUGCACACGAGAACAAUUAUUUCCUCCUGCAGAAUUACUUUCCAUAGUUCGUUCAGAUGUAAGUACCUCGCGGAGAAGCCUUGUAAGGAGGAGACAGAGGAUGAGAACCUCUUCAAUCCCAAAGCUGUGAUUUCUGUGCCACUGUUUUACCCGAGAUGUGUUUGUGUGACUUCAAAUUCUGAGACCCACAUGGAAAUCGCUGAAAGCCAAGUGAACAGAGCGGACUUCUGUUCGGCAGGUUUUGGCCUUGGGAAAGGUUUAUUUGGAGGUUGAGGUAAAAGGGUAACUAUACAGUGAGUACAUUUUAAAUGUUAUGAAAAGCUAUUGAAAGAAUUUAUGACUUCGGUUCUGUAGGGAUAAAAAUUUCUCCAGAGAGCCAUAUAAGGCUAUUUUUUCCAAUAUCUGAAACUAAUAUUAAAAGGUUUGCUCUCUAACACAUUGCUAAAACAGCUUCCCAGGGGAAACAAAAGCAAAUCAAAUACCUGAAUCACUAACAUUUUCUUCCAGUUUGCACACCAAGAUGAGACAGUAUUUUAACAAAUAACAUGGCUUCAGAAAGACCCAGUUGUCUGUCAAACGUGUCUAAACUUAAGUAAAGCAGACUUGCCUGUAUGGGAUUUUUUUUCUUUGGCAAGCCUGAUUUUUAGAGAUUCAUUUCUGAAACACUUAACAGAUGUUAUGCUUAUGGAAUAGUGCAUUGAAAUUCAGCUGUGGGUAAGAGAUCGUUCUUAGAAGAUGUCUACUGGAAUACUUCUAUUUUGUCUUUUUUUAAUUGACUUUGAUAAUAGCUUUAAACUGUGAUAGGACAGAAAGUAGACACUUGUCAAAACCCUGGCAUCUUUCUCUGUUUUGUUUUUUUUUGUGGGAUAUCUUUUUUUUUUUUUCCCUCCAUU